CGGCAAACCCUCUCAUCUCCUAUGCACCCGGAACUGUAAUUGAUGGGGCAGAAUCGGAGUCGCAGCUAUGAGGAUCACAGAAAUUAUCAUUGAUGGCUUCAAAUCGUACGCCGUGCGUACGGUUAUCUCAGGAUGGGACGAUUCCUUCAACUCGAUCACCGGCCUGAACGGUAGUGGAAAAUCCAACAUCCUCGACGCCAUCUGUUUCGUACUCGGUAUCACGAACAUGAGCACCGUCCGCGCGCAGAACCUGCAGGAUCUCAUCUACAAGCGCGGCCAGGCCGGUGUCACCAAGGCCAGCGUCACCAUCGUUUUCGACAACCGCGACACGGCCAAGUCGCCGAUCGGCUUCGAGGAGUAUGCGACCAUCUCCGUAACGCGCCAGAUCGUCCUCGGCGGCACGAGCAAGUACCUCAUCAACGGCCAUCGGGCGCAGCAGCAGACCGUUCAGAAUCUCUUCCAGAGCGUGCAGCUGAAUAUCAACAACCCGAAUUUCCUGAUCAUGCAGGGAAAGAUCACAAAGGUGCUGAAUAUGAAGGCGGUCGAGAUCUUGUCGAUGAUCGAGGAAGCGGCGGGUACGCGGAUGUUCGAGGAUCGGAGGGAAAAAGCCGUGAAGACGAUGAGCAAGAAGGAACUCAAGUUGCGCGAGAUCGAAGACUUGCUCAAGGAGGAAAUCGAACCGAAGCUGGAGAAGCUCCGGUCUGAGAAGCGCGCAUUCCUGGAUUUCCAGCAGACCCAGAAUGACCUCGAGCGAUUGACGCGGCUGGUCGUUGCCCAUGACUACUUGAAGGGCAAUGAGCGGUUACGUGUGACGGGCGAGGAGUGCGAGAACAAGAAGAGAAGGGUGCAGGACCUUGAGGAUAGCGCAACGAAGCUCAAGGGCGAGAUUGCUCACUUGGAGGACGAUGUGAAGAGGGUCAAGGCCGCUCGUGAUAAGGAGCUCCGGAAAGGCGGCAAGUUCCAGGAGCUGGAAGAUCAAGUCAAGUCUAAUUCCCACGAGCUCGUUCGACUGACUACGAAGUUUGAUAUCAAGAAUAAUAGCAUCGCCGAAGAGAAGGACAAAAUGAAAGAGGCACAAAAGACAGUCAGCGACCUGGAAAAGGUCCUCAAGGAGAAAAAGGAAAUCUACGACAAGAUGCAGGCGGAAUUCGAUGCCGCAAGAGCAGAACUUGACGCUCAGACGUCUGAGGUGGAGCAGAAGGAAGAAUUGCUUCAGACACUACAGACCGGUGUUGCUUCGAAAGAAGGCCAAGAAAGUGGUUACCAGGGUCAGCUGCAGGAUGCUCGUAAUCGUGCCAGCGCAGCGGCCACGGAACAGGAGCAAGCCAAAUUGAAGAUUGCGCACCUGGAGAAGCGGAUCAAGGAGGAAGAGCCCCGAGCAAAAAAGGCGAAGGAGCAAAAUUCGGGCCUUCUUAAAGAACUGGAAGGCUUGAAGUCUCAAGCGAAGAGGCUGGAGGCUGAGCUUACCAGGCUGGGAUAUGAGCCAGGUAGAGAAGAACAGCUCAACCAGGAACAGGCGGAGCUGCAAAGACACAUCCGUGAGCUGCGCCGGAGGGCCGAUGAGCUCCAGAGGAAGGUCGCAAACAUUGAUUUCCAAUACGCCGACCCUCAUCCUCACUUCGAUCGGUCGAAGGUCAAGGGACUUGUGGCGCAGCUCUUUGCCCUGGACAAAGAGAAAGUCCAGGCCGCUACUGCGCUGGAAAUCUGCGCUGGUGGACGCUUGUACAACGUUGUUGUCGAUAGUGCCGAGACUGGUACGCAACUGUUGAAGAACGGCAGGCUUAAGAAGCGCGUAACAAUCAUCCCCCUGAACAAGAUUUCGUCCUUCAGGGCCUCCGCAGAGAAGAUUGGAGCUGCUCAGAAUAUUGCGCCCGGCAAGGUUGAUCUUGCCUUGUCGCUGAUUGGGUAUGAUGAGGAAGUUACUGCCGCAAUGAACUAUGUUUUCGGCAACACGUUGAUUUGUCAGGACGCUGAGACGGCUAAGCGCGUCACCUUCGACCCAUCUGUUCGAAUCAAGAGCGUGACCCUCGAGGGCGAUGUCUAUGACCCUUCAGGUACACUAUCCGGUGGUAGCUCUCCCAACUCGAGCGGUGUUCUUGUGACGCUGGGCAAGUUGAAUGAGAUCACCAGAGAAAUCCGCAGCAAAGAGCGACUCCUCGCCACAGUCGAAGACACCAUGAAGAAGGAGAAGAAGAAGCUUGAUGCAGCUCGCACAAUCAAGCAGGAAUUGGACCUCAAAACCCACGAGAUCAAGCUCACGGAAGAACAGAUCAGUGGUAACUCGUCUUCCACGAUCAUUCAAGCCGUCGAAGAAAUGAAAGCGAAUAUCGAGCAGCUGAAGAAGGACAUUUCCGACGCAAAAACUCGUCAAAGUGAAGCAUCCAAGGAUAUCAAGCAAAUUGAGAAAGACAUGAGCGAAUUCAACGACAACAAGGACAGCAAGCUGGCGGAGCUGCAAGCUUCCCUGGAAUCCCUUAAGAAGAAGCUUGCUAAGAACUCACACUCCGUCAAGACCCUUCAGAAGGAGCUUCAGAACUCAAGGCUGGAGUUGGAGCAGGUUGGCAGUGAUCUGUCAGCCGCAGAGGAGCAGAGCUCUGAAGCCGAAAACACAGUAAAGGCCCAGAUGGAGGAAGUCGAGUCAUUGAAAAGAGAACAGGCUCGGAUCAAGGACGCACAUGAUCUCGCACAGGCUCAGCUUGAAGACGAGCAAGCCAAGCUGACGGGCUUCGACAACGAGCUGCGUGAGCUUGAGGAGGCGAUGAAAUCUAAGAGCUCCCAGAUCACGGAAGGGGGCCUAGAAAUGCAGAAGCUGGGCCAUCAGCUGGAGAAACUACAGAAGGACCGGCAGGUGGCUGCGCAGACGGUUGCCCAUAUGGAAAAUGAGCAUGAGUGGAUUGCCGACGAGAAGGACAAUUUCGGACGAUCCAACACGCCCUAUGACUUCAAGAACCACAACAUUGCCGAAUGCAAGUCGACUCUGCGCAACCUUACGGAACGUUCCCAGGGUAUGAAGAAGAAGAUCAAUCCCAAGGUCAUGAAUAUGAUCGAUAGCGUGGAGAAGAAGGAAGCUGCGUUGAAGAACAUGAUGAAAACUGUUAUUCGGGAUAAGCGCAAGAUUGAAGAAACCAUCAUCAACUUGAAUGAAUACAAGAAGGAGGCUCUCCACAAGACAUGGACCAAGGUCAACGGUGACUUCGGUCAGAUUUUCUCGGAGCUUCUGCCGGGCAGUUUCGCCAAGUUGGACCCUCCAGAGGGCAAGGACAUCACGGAUGGUCUGGAAGUCAAGGUUUCUUUGGGUAAGGUCUGGAAACAGAGCUUGACAGAACUGAGUGGCGGACAGAGAUCUCUCAUUGCCCUCUCUCUUAUUAUGGCUCUAUUGCAGUUCAAGCCGGCUCCUAUGUACAUUCUGGACGAGGUCGAUGCGGCUCUGGAUCUUUCACACACACAAAACAUCGGUCGCUUGAUCAAGACACGGUUCAAGGGGUCUCAAUUCAUUGUUGUGUCGCUGAAGGAUGGCAUGUUCCAGAACGCCAACCGUAUCUUCCGCACGAGAUUUAGUGAGGGUACCAGUGUAGUCCAAUCCUUGACUGCUGCGGACCUCAAAUAAUCUCUUCCCGGCCAAAGACUCGAUUCUUCGUUUGUGCAUACUUCUUUUGGGCUAUUCUGGUUAGGGUCUGGGACACAGGAAGCGUUGACUUGAAUGACCGGGUCAUGGGGGUUUCUGGAUGAGGUGUUUUCGGAUGAUGUACAUGAUUCUUGAUGACUUUGCUGUUACAUUUCUUGUUGAUGAUAUUUGUUGAUAGUACC